GCCGUGGUGUAACGUUGGUCUGGUGCUUAAAUUUGUUAUAAUAACUUAAACAAUACUAAUUAAAAAUUUUUUCUCCACUUAAAUUUGCUAUAAUAACUUAAAGAAUACUAAUUAAAAAAUAUUAUACACUAACCUCGUCCGGUGUUCAAUAAUAUAUAUUAAUAGAAGUGUAGUACUCAGGACAAUAUGGUAGCUUUUUUUCCCCUCAUUCCCCUCAUUUUUGUGGGGGUCUUGACAGCCUUCACCAUGGAGGCCCAGGCUGGACUGCCAACAGGCCCUGCAGUUAAUGUGCUUGUGAACCCCCAAGGCCCCAUGAAGUCCUGCAGCAAGAAGGUCCAAAUUUCGGUCGUGUUUCAGACCAUCAAGUCCAAGAAGGGGGUCGUGUAUGGCCGCACAUACACUCACCCGGCGAUGUUGAAAUGCUUUGGAAGCUUCCAACAGAGCGCUACCACCUUCAAGAACUGCGUCAACGCUGCCGCCGUGGCCGGACACUCCACCCUAUCCUUCAAUGGUACCACCUGCCUCACCUACAACGCAACUGUGCCGAGUUUCUCGUGCGCUAACCAGCAGGCAGCAGCGGCAAACCCCGUAGUCAUCUACCAGGCCAACCCACCUCUGGUCCAGCCCAAUUUCGGUUCAUUCAAAGUACUGACAGUGGCAGCAACCUUUGAUGUGAACAACAACUUCGACGUGACGUGGACCGCAGAAGACGGUGGCUGCUCCUACCCCGGUUUUGUCAUCACCGUGGCCGGUCUGGUGAAGUACGUCGAAACGCUUUCGUUCCAUGCGAAUUUCGUCGUUGGUGCCGGAAGAAACGUCGCACGCAACGGAGGAAACGUCGCGGUUGCCUACGGGUUGCCAACUGGAGAGACUUUCGGCCAAAGUUUGAGUACCACUGCGGUGGAAGCCACUACCACAACCACUUCGACAACAACCACGUCGACAACUACCGACUCUGCGACAGGCAUUGGCACUGGAAUUGUUACCGCACCGGGUGGGUUCGUUACAGUCGCUUGAUAGACGAAAACUCCAUCGACAUCCUGUGCGACGCUGACGAAUUUUCCACUCUGGGUCGUCGGCAUCUAACCUCUUAAGAUGGCCCGGCCCAUUGAAGUCUUUAUAAUCACCUGAUAAACUAAUAACUCUAACCAGUCAUCUAUCGUUGAAAUACCUGUGAUUUACUGUUAUUUCGUCAACGUCAUUUGCGCUGGAGGUGUCGAAAACCUCACCUUGAUGAGAAUCUGACCUUGAUGAGAAAUUGUAUUCCAGAUAAUUAAUAUGUAAUUUUGGAUUUUCAGUAACUCUAUAUGAAUGUUUGUUUAUUCAGUAAAUUGAUGAAGGUUUGGAUU